AUGACGAGCAACGUUGCGUUGAACUUGGAUAACUUCCCGCAUCCAACCUCUUUGAUUUCUCGUGACACUACAACAGCCGAAAUGUACAUUGAUUCUUCAGAAGAUUCUGCACUCACCGAUCGACUCCUCAAAUGUUUCCCUUGUACUUUCGACAAGUCCACCUCUCAAGGAAUGGAGCAUGAGGACAUCAUCGAUCCGAAUGCCCCCGGUGAAGCAAACUCGGAAAAUCUUGUUUUCACGCCGCUAGGUUCUGGUCAAGAAGUGGGACGCUCUUGUCAUUUGCUUCAGUACAAAGGGAAACAAGUCUUGCUCGAUUGUGGAAUUCAUCCGGGAAUGAGUGGAGUGGAUGCUCUCCCUUUUGUCGAUGCUGUAGAUCUGGAGAAAGUUGACGUAUUAUUGAUUACACAUUUCCAUCUUGACCAUUGCGGGGCACUUCCAUGGUUACUGACGCGGACAAACUUCAAGGGAAAAGUCUACAUGACAUAUGCGACGAAGAGCAUUUUCCGAUUGAUGAUUUCUGAUUAUAUAAAGGUAGCAAAAUUUUCCGGUGGCUCAGAUGGUCGAACUCUUUUUACCGAGGAAGAUUUAGAUCGCAGUUUUGAAAGAAUUGAGGCUAUUGACUUCAAAGUACAAGUUGACUUGGGCGGUUUGAAGUUUUCAGCAUAUGUUGCUGGGCACGUUCUUGGAGCAUGCAUGUUUUUGAUCGAAAUCGGAGGCUCCAACUUUUUGUAUACGGGCGACUUCUCACGACUGGAAGAUCGACAUUUAUGUUCAGCAGAAAUCCCACCUAUCCGACCUGAUGUUGUGAUAUCGGAAUCAACUUACGGAAUGCAACAACAUGAGGCACGAGAUUCUCGUGAGAAAAGAUUCACUUCCAUGGUGCAUGAUAUUGUCAAUCGGGGUGGUCGCUGUUUGAUUCCAGCUUUUGCGUUGGGCCGAGCUCAAGAAUUGCUUCUCAUCCUUGAUGAGUACUGGUCGAAAAACGAGGACCUCCAGGAAAUUCCGAUUUAUUAUGCUUCCGCGUUGGCGCAAAAGUGCAUGGACGUGUAUCAAACUUUUGUCACGAGUAUGAACAAACGAAUUCAACAGCAAAUCGGAGUCAACAAUCCUUUCAAGUUCAAACAUAUUUCUUAUUUAAAGGGAAUCGAGCAAUUUGAAGACACUGGACCUUGUGUUGUUCUUGCGUCACCAGGAAUGCUUCAGAAUGGACUUAGCCGAGAAUUGUUCGAAGCAUGGUGUACCGAUAGCAAGAACGGGUGUAUCAUUGCAGGUUAUUGUGUUGAAGGAACCUUGGCAAAACAUAUUUUGUCAGACCCUGAAGAGAUUAUCGCGUUGAAUGGACAAAGAUUGCCCCGGAGACUUGAGGUUGGGUACAUUUCUUUCUCGGCGCAUGCUGAUUACGAGCAAACGAGUGAUUUCAUUAAACAAAUGCGUCCGUCACACUUGAUUUUGGUACAUGGAGAAAUGCACGAAAUGAGUCGUCUCAAAGCCGGUAUUCAGAGGCAAUUCGAGGAGGAAAAUAUACCAAUUCAAGUCCACAAUCCCCGAAACACUGAACGAUUAGAAAUCGAUUUCAAGCGUGCGAGACGGGCGAAAAUUAUUGGAAAAUUGGCGAAUGAUGCUGAGGACGGCAAACUGAUUGGCGGCGUUAUUGUUGAACGCGAUUUUGAGUACAAAAUCAUGGAUCCAUCCGAUCUUAUGGAAUUUUCUUCGAUUCCUGUUUCAAAGCUCGUCCAUCGACUAUCAAUACCGUAUAAUGGGACGUCUGCGUUGCUGGUUUAUAAUCUUCGUCAAAUUACAAACGAUAUUAUUAUUAUGGAAGAGCAAAUCGAUAGCAAGGAGGGGAGACAUCAAUCGUUUGCUGCAUUUAAGGGGGAAAUCAAAUUGCAAUGGGUUUUGGAUAAAAACAUGAUCAUCGUCUCAUGGAAUGGAGGAGUGAUCAACGAUAUGUAUGCAGAUGCUUUGUCGGCUGCGAUUAUGCAUGCACAGAUCAACCCGAUUCCAGACAAAAAAAUUCCUUCUCUUGCUCAUUUGCCUACGAAACAAGAGUCAAUUUUGGCAGCCAUACGCGAGGUAUGUGGUGAUUCUGCUGUCAUAACAAUCGGCGAUGGGUUAAUGAAAAUCGAGGUAGAUGAAAAAGAAGCCGAAUUGGAUAUGGGAACUCUUCGUGUAUGUUGUUCGGAUCCUCAUUUGGAGCAUCUCCUCAAAGCAUUGGCCAGCAAAAUCGCAAUUUGUGUUGACGAUCCG